UAUGCAGCGAUGGUGGAGAAGAAAAUAGCAGUGCGAUCCCAGGACCCAGGCCAGCGGCGCGUUUUGGACUGCGCUACGCGCCAGCGACGCUUAACCAGACAGCUAGAGGCACUUGAAAAGGACAAUUUCCAGGAUGAUCCUCAUGCCAGCCUACCCCAGCUGGCCAAGAGGCUCCCUCAGUUUGAUGACAGCAAUGAGUCUGGCAAGAAGAGGAAGAAGACAAGAGGAGAUCAUUUCAAAUUGAGAUUUCGGAAGAACUUCCAGGCUCUACUGGAGGAAGAGGAACUAAGUGGGAAUGAGGGACCUAACUACCUGACUGCUUGUGCCGAGCCCUCCAAACUGCCGCAGCGCCACUUCUGUGCCGUGUGUGGCUUCCCGUCUCCCUACACCUGCAUUUCCUGUGGGGCACGCUACUGCUGUGUCCGCUGCCUGGGCACACAUCAUGAAACCAGGUGUCUGAAGUGGACUGUGUGAUGCUCUCAGUUGGUACGUGUGAAUGGCUGCCUCAUUUUAUUGCUUGAUCAUAUGUCAUCCUGUCAUCAACUGAAGGACAGGUUUCUUUUUUGUGCAGCAUCAGAGUAUCUGAAUGAGCUGUAUGACUCCCGUCCAGUCAGUCUGUAUGAGCUAUAUGACUCUCAUCCAGUGAGUCUCAAUGAGUUGUUUGACUCCCAGUCAGUCUGAAUGAGCAAUAUGACUCCCGUCCAGUCAGUCUGAAUGAUCUGUAUGACUCCCAUCCUGUCCGUCUGAUUGAGCUGUUUGACUCCCGUCCAGUCAGCCUGUAUGAGCUAUAUGACUCUCAUCCAGUGAGUCUGAAUGAGUUGUUUGACUCCCAGUCAGUCUGAAUGAGCAAUAUGACUCCCGUCCAGUCAGUCUGAAUGAGCUGUAUGACUCCCAUCCUGUCUGUCUGAAUGAGCUGUAUGACUCCCAUCCUGUCCGUCUGAUUGAGCUGUAUGACUUCCGUCCAGUCCGUCUGAAUGAACUAUAUCACUCUCGUCCAGUCAGUCUGAAUGAGCUGUAUGACUCCCGUCCAGUCAGUCUGAAUGAGCUGUAUGACUCCCGUCCAGUCAGUCUGAAUGAGCUGUAUGACUCCCAUCCAGUAUGUCUGAAUGAGCCAUAUGACACCCAUCCAGUCAGUCUGAAUGAGCUGUAUGACUCCCUUCCAUAGCACCAGACAGUGGCUGAAUGGGGACAGUGCUGUUGCUAUCGCAACAGGCAUGUGGUGAUCUAAUGGGAGCCCCUGCAUGAGAUAGCGAUAACUCAGAAAGUGAAUGGUGUUCACUCCAUAGAGUGAGUCUGCACUUUAGCCUAGGCCUGAAUUUGACAAUCAUAUACUGAACAAAAAUCAAAACGCAACAUGCAACAAUUUCAACCAUUUUACUGAGUUAAAGUUCAUAAAAGGAAAUCAGUCAAUUGAAAUCAGGUAAUUAGGCCCUAAUCUAUGGAUUUUACAUAACUGUGCAGGGCACAGCCAUCGGUGAGCCUGGGAGGACGUAGGCCCACCCACUUGGGAGCCAGGCCCUGCCAAUCAGAAUGAGUUUUUCCUCACAAAAGGACAUUAUUACAGACAGAAAUACUCCUGUUU